AUGUCCGAUACGGCACAAAGCCCCGAAGAUGCCGCCGCACAGAGAGCGGCCGAGCAGGCACGCCUGCGCAAGGAGCGACGAGAAGCCAAGAUCAAAGCUGGCGGCUCCGCGAGACUGAACAAGAUCACUGGUCUUGGAGGCCGUCUUCCAGGGGAGCCAGAACCUGCCACCGCGACCACGACCGCCACAGACUCUCCCUCAGCUCCCACACCAGCACCCGCAGCCGCCACAACCACUGCAUCUUCUGCUCCAGCAGACCACGCCGACCCCGAAGAGGUUGACAUCUCUGAGCACUACUACGAGCCAAAGCGCACUGCUUCCGCCCGCGAUGCACCCCCGCCGCCGGAGCCCACCAUCUCCGAGGAACAGCUCCGACAGAUGAUGCUCGGCUUCGAGCGUGGCAAUGGCACUCCCGCCCCGGGCACCCCCGGCGGCCUCGACGAGGACCCCAUGAUGAAAAUGAUGUCCCAGCUCAUGGCCGGUGCCGGUUUCCCACCGGGCUCCGCACCUCCCUUCCCCGGUAUGCCGGGCGCCGUACCUCAGCCUCCUCAGCCCGCCGCCCCUGUCCGGAGCACGUCCACAAACCUUUGGCGUCUCCUCCAUGCACUCGUCGCUCUCGGUCUUGGUCUCUACAUCGUAAUCCUCACCCCUUUCACUGGAACAAAGGUUGAGCGCGAGCGCGCUGCUCUCGCUGGCACAACACCCGCCGACCCCUUGACCGCCGCCUCGGAGCCCGAACUCGAGACAGAGCUCGAGCACCGCAAGCAGCUCUUCUUCUGGACGUUUGCCACGGCUGAGACGGUGCUCCUCACAACACGCUUCUUCCUCGACAAGCGGGGCACACCUCCGGCGGGCAUCGUGGGAACUGUCGUGGGAUUCCUGCCGCAGCCGGCAAAGGGGUACGUUGAGAUUGCGCUGCGGUAUGCACAGAUCUUUUCGACUGUGAGAGGGGACAUUUUGGCGUGCAUCUUUGUGCUGGGGGCUGUAUCUUGGUUCAAGGGAUAA